GUGAACUCGGCCGGUUGCCAUCCAGGAGAGAGCCAACCCCUGAGCCCCUGCACGGGCUCCCAUGCAGGACCAGCAGCAGCAGGGGGAGGGGCGGGCAGAGAUCUACACCUACAGCAGCUCGGCCAGCGUCUACGCCUGCGGCUUCUCGUCCCGCCCCGACAAGCCCUUCCGCCUGGCUGUCGGCAGCUUCAUCGACGACUAUGCAAACAAAGUGGAGAUCAUCCAGUUGGACGAGGCGGCCGGGGUGGUGCGCAACAACCCUGCGCUGACCUUCCAGCACCCCUACCCGCCCACCAAGGUCGCCUUCAUCCCGGAUAAGAGCGGGACCCGCCCCGACCUGCUGGCCACUAGCGGCGACUUCCUGCGCCUGUGGCGUGUGUCGGAUGAGCCCGGGGCGCAGCAGGGCGUGCGCCUGGAGAAGCUGCUGAACAAUAACAAGGGCGGCGACUUUGCGGCGCCGCUGACGUCCUUUGACUGGAACGAGCUGGACCCUCGCCGCGUGGGCACCGCCUCGAUCGACACGACGUGCACGGUGUGGGACGUGGAGCGCGGGGUGGUGGACACGCAGCUCAUCGCGCACGACAAGGAGGUGUACGACAUUGCCUGGGGCGGCGUCGGGAUCUUUGCCUCGGUCUCCGCCGACGGCUCGGUGCGCGUGUUUGACCUCAGGGACAAGGAGCACUCCACCAUCAUUUAUGAGUCCCCCCAGCCCGACACCCCCCUGCUGCGCCUGUCCUGGAACAAGCAGGACCCGCGCUACAUCGCAGUGUUAGCCAUGGAUUCGCCGCGGGUGACGGUACUGGACAUCCGGUACCCCACGCUCCCCGUGGCCGAGCUGCAGCGGCACCAGGCGGGGGUCAACGCCAUCUGCUGGGCCCCCCACAGCGCCACCCACCUGUGCUCCGCGGGCGACGACAGCCAGGCGCUGAUCUGGGACCUGGGCCUGCUGGGCACGCUGGGGCAGCAGCCCGAGGGCGGCCCGCCGGGCGCCGCGGCGGCGGGUGGCGGCCUGGACCCGAUCCUGGCCUACAACGCAGGCGCCGAGGUCAACCAGCUGCAGUGGAGCCCCGCCCAGCCGGACUGGGUGGCAAUCUGCUUCGGCAACAAGACCCAGCUGCUGCGGGUGUGAGGCGCGUGCCGACAGAGCACCACACCGCCGCGCUGCUCGCCGGCUGCAGCGUUGCUCGCCGCUCCCCUCCAGGGCAGCGCGGCGCCCGCGCCGUUCCUGCUUCCCAAGCUGCCAGCCUUCUUGCGUCCCUUAUUCGCCUGCUCCCCCUGUCUUGCUUCCGCUCCUGCUGUACUGCCCCCCGCCCGCAUCUGUAUCACCCGGGUGCCUUUUCUUCACUGCACACGUACCACCGCAUCUGUGGCACCCUGCCCCUCCCUAAUGCACGGCCCUCUGGCACGCUGCCAGCCCCUCUAAUGCAUGGGCCCUGCCAUUCACACCAAUCGCAUCAACCGUACAUCUGUCCCCCUGCACUGCUCUUUGUCACCAUUCCACCUGAUGCUCUCUCCUCUCCCAACCCAACUGAUCCCCCCGUCGCAUCCAUACCGAUUUCGAGAGACACCUUGCAAUGAAACACGCAGCGC